AUGGCAAAACCAACACCCCCGUUAUCUCAAUAUGACCACGAGAUGGAAACGAUUCCUGGUAAUUUGCCUACAACCAAGGCAGGAGCAGACUCGAAGGUUCUCUUGACGAGGCUCUCACAAUUUCACCACUCUUCCCGCUCAGCCCCUCCAGCGACUUCCGUGACAGAACAACGCGAUGGCAUACUCAGGGCAUGGGCCAUGUUGCUUCACUUGUAUCUUGUGUCUGACACCGUUGCGUUCGCUGUGGUUGGCAUGGGAAGUAAAAAGCUGGCAUGCUCGCAGUGGCCAGUGUCUGUUCCUCAAGGUUCGACGUUCUACUCUGAUCCUCGACUGACGUACACUCCUUUCGAGGCCGACAAGCAUCGUAACCAAGUUAAUACCGCUGUCGCCUUUGCUGACAUUGACGUUGAUGAUGGCAUAUUCAGCUAUAUUGUGCAAUCAUCUGAAAGGUUGAAUCGAGAUCUACGAUUGUACACCCAGCACACAUGCGUGCCACGCAAGUUUGCAUCCGCGUUAUGGAACACUCUCCUCGAGAUACAUUCAGAUUUGGUGGAUUCGGCUUCUUACAAAUGGCACAAACAGUCAGUUAGUGAUAUAGACAAGAAAACACUACGGUCAUUCUUGCCUCAUACGUCGUUUGAGCCACGGAUUUCUGUGCACGAUCUCUGGCGUGAAUCGGUCCGAACGGCCCCUCUUGCACCAGCCGUGGAAUCAUGGGAUGGUGCCUUGACAUACACAGAGCUGGACGGGCUAGCCUCCAAGCUUGCGCAUCUACUGCUAUCUAAAGGAGUGCAGAGGGGCAAUUUCAUCCCCUUCUCAUUCGAAAAAAGCAUUUGGAUGGUUGUCGCGAUGCUGGGCAUUGUCAAAGCUGGAGCUGCCUUUGUGGCCAUUGAUCCAUCGCAGCCAAAAGCACGAGCCGAAGAGAUCAUCGACCGAGUCCAGGCAAAUAUCAUCUUGGUCUCCCCAUCGCAGGCUCCGACAUUCGCCGACAUGGGUAAAGCCACGCUGACAGUUUCUGCAGAUAACCUGGAAGGUGAAUAUGAUACCGCCUCACCUGGCCGAUCGCUUCCUCAUGUCAGGCCAGAAGACCCUGCAGUAUGCAUUUUUACCUCUGGCUCAACUGGGAAGCCCAAGGGAAUUAUCGUCCAGCAUCAAGCACUCGCCACUCGCUUACUGGCAGAGGGCGGAGCCCUUGGGUACCGGGGGUCCAGGUGUUUGCAAUUUGCUGCAUCUACGUGGGACAUAUUCAUCACCGACGUCUUUGCAACAUUGGCGUACCAGAGCUGCAUCUGCAUACCGAGUGAAGAAGAUCGACUAUUCAAUCUCGCAGAGUUUUGUACCAAAUACAAAGUAACCUUGGCGAUCAUGACCCCUUCAUUGGCAAAUAUGCUGACGCCUACUUCAUUCCCCACAUUGAAGACACUCAUAUUCUCAGGGGAAGCCCUGCGAGCUGAUGUGGUGGCACGGUGGUCAUCACAGAGCGGUGUUUCGCUCUACCAAGCUACGGACCUGCAGAAACAGGAGGUUGCAUCAUUGGACGCCUUGCUCAGCAACCAUGAUCGCUUGGUACCUGUGGGAGCUGUAGGUGAGCUCCUGGUUGCCGGACCAGGCCUGCUUCAGGAAUACAUCCAUGACCCCCCCAAAACGAAUGCGGCCAUUGUCGAGUGCCCCUCGUGGUGCUCAGACCUCCAAAUCGAUGAGACAAGAUUUUAUAAGACUGGGGACCUGCUCCGUUAUAGUAUCGAUACGCUCGAUGGAAGCCUCGAAUUUGUGGGCCGUGCAGACGGUCAAGUGAAGUACCAUGGCCAACGUAUUGAGGUUGGGGAAAUAGAGCAUCACCUUAGUCAAUUCCCCAAUGUGACCUACUGUAUGGUAGGUCUACCCAAAGAAGGACAUUUGAGAGGCCAUCUGGUCGCCGUGGCUCAAAUCGAUGGGCAUUCCGGUCCUAAUCACUCCAAUAUGAAGCUCGCGAUACAUAAAGAUGUGGACCGCAUUAGAGAGGAAAUCAACGAGUUCCUGUUAUCACGUCUACCAAAAUACAUGAUUCCAAGCAAACUAUUUGUCGUCAGCAACAUGCCGUUCAACGCGUCGAUGAAACUAGAUAGGGCUGCUAUCAAUAAAUGGAUCCUGGGCAUGCCGGCUGAACAUACUACGGUGGCGGAUCAAUCGCUGCCCGCCACAGAUUCCACUCAGCUGCUUCCCCAUGAACGCACUGCAAGAGCGGUAGCUCAGCUGUAUGCCAGUGCUGUUGCAGGAGAGAAUGGUCCCCACCAUCGGCAAUUUGAAAAUCGAGACUUCAAGCUACAGUCGGGUGGCAUUGACUCCGUUCAGAUUAUGUCACUUUCACUUUCUCUUAAAGAUAAAUUCGGGGUCCAGAUACCAAUGGACGAAAUACUAAGCUCGAGGUCAACUAUACGCACAAUCGCUUCUAUUAUAGACGCGACCGGAAGUCACCAAGUAUCGAAAGCUGCGACCCAGGAAGAGAUCAGUACAGAAAGCAACAUAGACCUAAUGCUUAGGUCGGUAUUCAAUUCUUCCGAGAAGCUGUAUAACGACUCGGACAUACAUCAUGUGUUCCUCACCGGGCCUUCUGGUUAUCUAGGGAUAGAGAUAUUGCGUCAGCUUCUCACACAGUCUACCUGCCAAAUCUACGCGCUCGUUAGGGGCUCAUCGGAAAACGCUGCUCGUGAUUAUCUCAUACAGAAGGCAGUCACUGCCACAUGGUGGAAAGAUGAAUACCUUUCCAGGCUUGAGAUUUGGCUAGGUGAUCUAUCGCGGCCCCAACUUGGUCUUGAUUCGGAUCAAUGGCGUUUGCUUCAGGGACUAGGUGGACAGGGAAUUGAUGCAAUCAUCCACAACGGGGCCAAGGUCCACUAUCAUAUGGACUAUGACAGUCUUGAGGCUACAAACGUAUCGUCAACGAUCCAGUUGCUCAAAGCGGUUAACAACCGUGAAAGGCCACUCCACAGCUUUGUGUUUGUAUCUGGUGGGCAACAACUCAGCUUUGACGACGAUGACGACGCCGCCAAUAUACAGAAGGCUCUUCAAGGAUCUGGGUACGCACGCUCGAAGGCCAUGUCAGAGCUUCUUGUAAAGAGGUUUGCUGAUCAUACGGAGAAAAAAGCCAAAUAUGUCCGAGUUGUCAAGCCGGGAUUCAUUAUUGGCGAUGCUAAACGAGGUAUUGCCAGUAAGGAUGACUUCAUUUGGAGAUACAUCGCGGCCUCAAUCGAAAUCGGCGCCUACGAUAAAGAAAGUGCGAAUGGAUGGCUCUUUUUGGCAGAUAUUUCCCGGGUAUCGGAAACUAUUCUUCACUGCGUGUUCGACCUUGAGUGCAAGCCAGUGGUUAAGGUCCUAGAUGGCGUUCAGUUUCAUGAUAUCUGGCUGCUUCUACAGGAUGAAUUUGACUACAAUAUACGGCCCGUGCUCCAGCAGGAGUGGCUUUCUAAGCUGCGUCAAAGUGUUGCCACUAAGCAAGAGAAACAUGUUCUGUUUCCACUUAUGCACAUGUUUGAAACAGAUGGCCAACCGCUCGGUGUGUCCAACGGACCAAGCUACCCGUCCGAUGGUGUUAAAGAAGCCUUGCGAGCGAAUAUCAAACAGCUGAUUGGAAGUGGGUUCUUUAUGUUGCACGGCUUCCUUCCGACUCCCCCGUCCACCGAUGAGGAAAGUGUGGAGGGCAGUAUGGCACCAGUCCAAGACGCCUUUGAUGUGCAAAGCGUACGCAGGCAAUUUCCAGCCCUGCAGGGAGGCAUCGUAGCGUUCAACAAUGCGGCUGGGACUGCUGUGUAUCAGGGUGCCAUCGAAAGGACGCAUGAUUACAUGUCUUCGUUUCCCAUCGAGGUCGGACUUGAUGAUCCGCAAAGUCAGAAAAAAACAGAGGGUCUGAUGAAUAAGACCGCUGAAUUAGCGGCAUUCAUGAAUGCAGAUUCUGAUGAAGUCGCAUUUGGCCAAUCGACGACCAUGCUUCUACGCAUUUUGGGCCAGGCACUACGACCGGCGCUGAACUCAGAUUGCGAGAUGAUCGUCUCAAACCUAUGCCACGAAGCUAGUGCAGCCGCGUGGAUAUCCCUUGCCAAAGAUCUUGGUAUUGCCAUUAAAUGGUGGGCGCCACCGGCGGGUGAUGAUCCUUGCCUUUCGCUGGAAACGUUAAAGCCACUUUUGACACCCAACACACGAGUCGUCGCUUGCAAUCACGUUUCCAAUGUUGUAGGAACCGUUCAUCCCAUUCGCAAGAUUGCAGAUGCGGUCCAUAGCGUUCCUGGAGCCAUCCUGAUCGUCGAUGGAGUUGCUUGGGCGCCUCACCGUCCGAUCGAUGUCAAAGCUUUAGAUGUUGAUUUCUACUGCUUUAGCUGGUAUAAGGUCUUUGGCCCACAUAUAGCACAGCUAUACGGCCGGCGAAGUGUUCAGAAACGUAUGUUGACUGGGAUCAGCCAUUUCUUCCUUAGUGAUUUCCCAGGACUGGACUGGCGCCUGCGGCUUGGUGCCCCUGCCUUCGAACUUGAGGCAGCUCUCGUAGCCAUUACAAGGUACCUUAGCCAAGUCGGCUGGGAGGAUAUCAUUGCACAAGAGACGGUUCUGCAAGAAGCGCUCCUAUCCUACCUUCGACGGCACCCAAGCAUAUUCCGUAUUUUUGGAGAGAAGUCAUCGAAUCCGGAGAAACGGGUGCCGGUAAUCACAUUCCAGGUGAUAGGGCAGUCUUCUCGAGAGAUAAUGAACCGGAUCAAUAGAAAAACGCAAUUCAGGAUCGUGUCAGGUCAUUGCUGGGCACCUCGACCGACGCACGACGUGUUGAACCUCGACGACAACGGCCUAAUCAGGGUCAGCUUUGUGCAUUAUAACACUGUCGAGGAGGUGCGACAGUUCUGCGAGGCAUUACAAGGGAUCCUGAACCUUACAGACGAUAGUAGUUGA